AUGGCGACUCUCAAUACUCUCAAGAAAGCCCUUAAAAAAGUUGGCGAUGAAGCGCCUCGUAAACCAUUGAACGACAAAGAGUAUGACGAUUCGCUUAGCCUUUUUGCCGAGGCCUCUGAACAGCACAUGUACCAGAAGAAUUUCGUAAUCCCUCAACUGUCUGAACUGAUAACCUCCCUCUCAACACGAGAUGAGAUCUCAGUCUUGGAGAUUGGCCCAGGCCCGGAAAGUGUUCUAGGGCAGCUGCCGGCCACUCUGAGGAAGAGGAUCACGAAAUACGUCGCACUAGAGCCCUCUUUUCAAUACGCUCAAAGUCUCCGAAGAUGGGUAUCGCCUACAGAGAACGAGAGACCGUUUGCCUCUUCGAAAGAGACCCUCGUUCGCCCAGCUUCCUUCAUAAGAGAGAGCUGCCCCGGCGAGAAGUUCGACAUCAUUCUCUUCUGCCACGGCUUAUAUGGACUGAAGCAUAAGGAAGAGAUCAUCAAACACACUAUCGAGAUGCUACCAGAAGACCCGCAUGACGGUAUGGUCAUUAUAUUUCAUCGUGCUGGCUCUCACAUUGUCGGCAACCUGGUCAGUCACCGUUCGCUGUCCGUCCCCGAUCGCACUGUAGCUAUCAAGGACGAUAAUGAAGCCAUCGACACUUUCACUAGCUUCAUUGCCGGAUACCGUUUGACGACCGGAGUAUUAUAUGAGAUCCGUCAGGCUCAGUGGCGGACGAUCUGCCGCCAACUGGCGCGCCGUGACGACGAUCGCCCAGGUCAUCUUAUAUUCAACUCACCUGAAAUCAUGAUUGCAAUGACCCGACAUGCCAAAAACCUACCGGAUUUGGCUGCUCUUGUGCCACUGGCACACAGGCCUUACGAAGUCAAGAAUCGACAGGCGCUACGCAACAGGCCUGCUGCUAUCGUCAGACCAUUGGACAUCAGCCAGGUUCAAUGGUGUGUUCAAUGGGCACUGGCCAACAAAACUAGUUUGGCGAUCCUGGGCGGUGGUCACAGUGAUCACUGCCUUUGGCCUAAUGUUGUCUCCGUUGAUAUGAGUGCCUUCGACAAAGUCCAUAUCGUCAAUCCACCCCAAGAUGUAGACACGGAAUGUUGGGUUGUCGCCGAGGCUGGAUGCAGGACGGAGGAUAUAAUCCGCGAGACCAUGCCUGUAGGCGUGACAGUCCCUUUGGGCUCCCGACCGGAUGUUGGGGCUGGGCUUUGGCUCCAAGGCGGUAUUGGACAUUUGGCCAGGCACUGUGGCCUCACUUGCGACGCUAUCGUCGGUGCUGUAAUGGUUGAUGUGAUCAGCGGUCAACUCCUCUGCGUCGGUUACGUUCCUGAACAACAUCGACCACCGAAUGCCGUUCGCCACGAACGUGAUGAGGAUUUAUUAUGGGCCUUGAAGGGAGCCGGAACGAACUUCGGUAUUAUCAUCAGCGUUACUUUCAAAUCUUACACAGCCCAAAUGUUCUCAGUAUGUAAUUAUGGCUAUCCGAACGGCUAUAAUGCUGAAGAGGCACUGACGAAUUUGAGUCGCGAUGUAUCCAGCUGGUAUCCUUACGACAUUUCCUCAGACUACUACCUGUACUGCGAAGGUGGGAACAUCUGCUGUGGAAUGACCACUUUCUUAUGUUCCUUGGAGGGUACCCCAAAAGGCACCUCCACGGGACCGCCCCCGAAGACGGUUGAUGCUAUUGAGCUCUUCGACAAGGAGGUGUACGUAUCCAAGAUGCAUAAAGGACACGGGGGUGGCAAAACAUCUGCCUUCAAACGAUGCGUAUUUCUGAAGGAUAUAGCCAACCCAGGUACCAUGAAGGUCUUGAUAUCUGCCACGAGAGAUGCUCCUACACCCUACUGUUAUUUAAAUCUUGUGCAUGGUGGUAAAGCUAGACUGGGACUUUGCUUGUAUUGUACUGGUGUUUGGCCUAGAGAAUACGACGGAAAGCCCAUUACUAACGCUGUUAUCCGCUGGGUCUACCGGGUUGUGAACGAGCUCCUGCCAAUGAGCAAAGGGGUGUACGGUGCAGAUCUUGGACCUUAUCCUCGAGAUAGUAUCUUGGCCACUAAAGCUUUUGGUCCCAAUCGCCGAUGGCUGGUAAAGCUCAAGAAAGCAUUGGACCCCAAAAGAAUUCUAGCGCACACAUGCCCUCUGACACUGAGCGGUCUGCCACAGAAGCUCGUCAUUCUUGUCACCGGCGAGCACGGUGCUGGGAAGGACUACUGUGCUGAUAUCUGGUCUGCCGUCUUCAAAGCACACGGAUUCAGUAGUCGGGUAGUCAGCAUCAGCGAGGUGACCAAGAGGAAAUACGCAGCAGCAACAGGCUCUGAUCCCGAGCGUCUUAUCAAUGAUCGACACUACAAAGAACAACACCGGAAGUCUCUCCAUGACUUCUUCAAGAAGAAACUGAAGGCAGAUCCUUCUGCGGGAGAUAACCAUUUUCUUGACGUGCUGGAAAAAGAUGACUCGGAUGUGUUGUUCAUCACUGGUAUGACAGAGAUGGCUCCUGGUGCAACGUUAUCACACCUUGUUCAUGAUGCCAGACUGAUCGACGUCCGGGUCCAAGCGAGUGAGGAUACGCGGAACUUGCGAAGAUGGGGAGAUGGAAACAAGUUCAAGACAACAUACUGCGAAGAGUACAUGGGUAGAGACGGAAUAUACUCGCCAAACUUCACCUUUGACAACGAAGCGAAUGGAGAUGAACCUGUCAUGUUAUUUGCCAACCAACGUCUUGUCCCCUUCAUGAGCAAAGAGCUUCAGGACUUGGCUGGCAUGGUGCCAUCAGUACCCGACUUUCCACGAAAGGAUAUCGACUUUCGCUACGUCCUGAAUAUCGCCCAACAGAAGGGAGGACUUGAGCUGUGCACUUCGCUCCUGAAGCACCAUUUCUCAGGUGACUGGCAAAAGGUGGAUGCUAUAGUCACUAGCGAAGCCAGUGGGAUUGUAUUUGCUUCGCCUCUGGCAAUAAAACUAGGAGUUCCUCAUGUUCUCAUCGCAAAAAGCAAUAAAUUCCCCCCACCUACGGUCUCUGUUCAGAGACGUUCGUCGCACAUAUCAUCUCACGUACCCAGCACCACCGAUAACGGUAGAUUUGAGAUGGAUGCCAGUAAACUCUGCAAAGGCAACAAAGUGGUUGUACUUGACGAUGUUCUCGCAACUGGAGAAACGCUCGUGGCGGUGCUCGAGUUGCUGGUCAAGGUUGGCCUACGGCCAGAGGAUAUUAGUGUCAUGGUUGUGGCGGAGUUUCCCUUUCAUCGUGGACGACAGAGGUUAUGGGCGAGUGCGUUUGGCAGAGUGGCUGUUCAAAGCCUCUUGGUGUUUGAGGGGCAGUAG